GCUCCGCCAUGGCCGGCAGGGCCGGGCUCCGAGCCGAUCGCGAGGCGGUCCGCACCCCAAGGGUCGCUGUCAGGGCGUCUCCGAGGCACCGGGCUCGGGUAAAGGAGCGGGAGCCCGUCGUGUCCGCUGCGAGCGGAUCUGGCUCAGGGAAGGAGAACAAGGCCGGCAGCAGCACCCCGCUGAGGUACAGGCCCAAUGCCUUGUCUGAGCUGGACAACGCCACGCCGCGCCUCAUGCUGAGGAGGAUCAUCCAGAACCAACCACAAGUGUCACCUCUAGCACUUCAGACAGUUAAGUUGGAAGAAAGAGAAGAUGCUCAACCAGAGCCUCCAUCUCAGAGGACUUCUAGCACGGUGGAACUGCAACUGCCAGACCUUGCUGCUGAGGAUCCAUCUGUCACUGCAUUCCCCGUGACCAGGAAGAGAAAGAAACUCAGCGUGUCUGAAUUUGAGAGAGCAGCAGACAAGCGGCUUCCUCGGAAGCAGGCUCAUUCAUCAUUGGACAGCACUUUGGUUCGAUCUCUUCGCAUGUCAGUUGGCUCUGUGAUGGCACCAGACACUGUUGAAAAAAGAGGCUUACAGCGGAGGCCGCAGAAUCGCAAAGCUAUUGACAUCGCUGCUUUUGAAGGGGGAGUGGAACAGAACAUGCUGCAAAUGAAAGCACAAGACUAUCUUGUGGAUUUGCAAGCAUCAUCUAUGACUGGAACAACUGCAAUAGGAACUGAUGCAGAAGUGGUGCUGAAUAAUACAGAGCUCUUUGUUGAGCCUCAGUUUGGUGAACAGAACUUUCUUGCUGUUGAACCACAGCUGUCAGAUUCAAAAACUUCAGCACAAAGAAGCAAUUCUUCACAUCCUGCUCACGUGGAAGAAAGGUUGGAGGGCCUGGUAUCUGCUGUGAGCACAGAUGCGAGAAAGACCAGGAGAUUUUCUGAAAAGGACUUAAUAACUGAUCAUGAACAUGUUGAUGGGAUAACUCAGAAAACACCUGCAAGGCAGGGAGAAGAGGAGCAAGAUCACUCCCAGCAGAAUGACCCAAUGGAACAGUUCUCUGAGCCAGAAGAAAUGGCUGGCACUACAGAGCACCAUGCAGAUACUGAAUAUUCUGAACAUUCAGAGAAGAAACUGUCAAGAAAAUCAGAAUCACAGCUAACAGCAGCCCAGGAUGCUGGAAUCAAAAUGAAAAUGACCCCUUUGGAAGGAGGAGGAGCAGCAGAAGGCACUGAGCACCAGGACUCGCCCAAAGCUGAGCUGGAGAUGGCUGGAAGUGUUGGAGCUGGAAGUCUUGGCAGGCAUUCUCCUGCUUCGUACUCCCUUGAAAAAUCUGGGGCAAAGCCAUUAAAAGAAGCUGUUGAGCAAACAGGUGAAAUAGAACAUAGGACCAUCACAAGAGAGCUGGAUGCUGCUGAAGAAGAGUCUGCUGAUAACGAAAGUGAAAUAGAAGACCAUGAGAGUGAAGAAGUUUCCAUGAAGACACCCAUGUUUGUCCGUGCUGCAGACCACAGACUGCAUCCUGUGCUGUCGCCUCCACGUCCUGUAAAAUCUGCUGCUCCUGAGUUGCCCCCACAGCCACUGCGGGCUCCAAAGCCAGUUCCAAAGAGCUCAGGAGCAGCACAGAGGAAAACACGUGAGCCUGAAAUAGCAAGCAGGCUGAUAAAGCAGAUAUUUAGCCAUUACGUGAGAAUGCCAGUGACCAGAGAUGCCUAUAAAAUUGUUGAAAAAUGCUCUGAGAGAUACUUCAAGCAGAUCAGUAGUGAUCUGGAAGCUUACAGCCAGCAUGCAGGGAGGAGGACGGUGGAGAUGGCUGACGUGGAACUCCUCAUGAGAAGGCAAGGGCUGGUGACAGACAAGAUGCCAUUGCAUGUACUGGUGGAGCGUCACCUCCCUCUGGAGUACAGGAAGCUGCUGAUUCCCGUUGCUGUGAGUGGGAAUAAAGUGAUUCCCUACAAGUGAAAGUGCCCCUCUGGCAGUGGGCAUGUCCUAGGGGUGGAAACACAGCUGACCAUAGGUGGUUCCAUGUGAUGGUUUUCCACUUGCAGCUGCUGGGGCAAUAUGCACUCAGCACGGGCUUGAAUUGAUUCAGGUUGUGCUGUGGCUAUCGUGCCAGCCUGCUGGAUCUCACCAUCAAUUAUUAUUCUUGUAUCUUUAAAUACUUUUACAGCUCUGUAAAAUAAAAUGAUGUGUAUUCUGCACGA